CCACGUGACCUUCUGGGUGUUUCUGAACAGUCACAUGAUCUGAUUUCAGUAAAAGACGAGCAAAAUUAAACCUCCCCGCUACGAAAUACAAGCCAAAAAAGUUGGGAUCCGUAAACAGAGCGGCUUUUGCAUUGUAACCCAUUUCUUUAUCACUCCUCCAAAUCACUGCGUUUAACUUUAGCUCCAUUUUUUCCCUUUUUCUCCCCGCGGAGCUAACGUUAGCCCAGCUAGCACAACAUCUGCUAAUCGAGGCUAACUAGCUGCUGCUGAGAUUUGGUCCCGACAACAACGGAAACAUGACCCAGAUCUGCGGUGUUCAGUCCUGGUGCCUGGGAGUAACGUUACCCCUCAUCUUAGCUGCUGCCCUGCACCAGGGUUUUGCCACCGUUGCCCCUCCUACGACUGCUCAAACCACCACCGCUCCGAAAGAACCUGAGAGACCCGAAAGAGGAAACUACCUGGUCAGCAGCAGCAACGGCACGACCUGUUUACUGGCCUACAUGGGCCUCCAGCUCAACAUCUCCUUCACUUCCUUCUCCCAGAAUCAGACUGUGCGGGAUAUCGUGAACCUCCAGCCUAAUUUCACAAAGAGCUCCGGGUCGUGUGAGGCAGAAAACGCCACGCUGAGGCUCACAACGGACGGAGACAAAACCAACCUCACCUUCGUCUUCGCUCUGAAUACUACGUCCAGGAAGUACCACCUGAGGGAGGUUUCUCUGUCAGCGUUGUGGCCGGACAUGAAAGAACCCUUCUUUGUCCAGAACCGCAGUCUGGACUACCUGAGGGGAACCCUGGGAUACUCCUACAUGUGCCGUGAAGAGCAGACUCUGAGCGUGGCCCCCAGUCUGUCGGUGAACACCUUCCAGGUGCAGCUGCAGCCCUUCGGUCUGACUGGAGACAAGUUUGGAGCAGCCGAGGAGUGCCAGCUGGAUGAAGACGACAUGCUGAUCCCCAUCAUAGUGGGAGCAGCUCUAGCGGGCCUCGUCCUCAUCGUUCUGUUGGCCUACCUCAUCGGCAGGAAGAGGAGCCACGCCGGCUACCAAACCAUCUGAGCUCACCUCCGUGUCCCAGAGCGCCAUCCCACCCUCAAACUAACCUCUGCUGUCUGAGACUUAACCCUCCUCCCCGCUGUUCCCUUCUUCCUCUGUGUGCUGUUCUUUCCUGGUCAGUAACUCUGUCAUAAUCACUUAGUGGAGGUCGGUCUGCGCUUUGUGAACUGAUCAAACAAAGGGACUGAUGAAGGAGGUGGACCUUCUGCUGGUACCGUGUAGAGCAGGAUGCAUGUUGAUCACAGCCUCUAGCUCUUCUACCAUUUAUGAUUUCUGUGAUGGAAAUGAGGGAUUGAGGGGAUUGCUGCUUGUUUUUGGAGGUUUCACCAAAAAUGAGGCUCGUUGUUCAUAAAGGGAAUAUUUCUGCCAGUUACACAGUAAAAACUGACUUUGUUGCUAAGUUGUUUGCAGAUUUUAAGGAGCAUGCUAAAAACACAUUAAUCCUGAAAAAGACGCACAAGAGGCUCUGUGGCCGUUCAUCCUGGAGCCGAUUUGUUUUUUAGGUACUCGACUCAUUUCGUGUGCAGGCUGCAGGUACAGGAGUCAGCGCUGCUAGAGAACCUUAUUCACUGCAUUUAAAGGAGUAGUUUGGUGUUUUAGGGAGUAGUCUGUUUGUUGCUGAGAGUUACAUGAGAAGAUUGAUUUGACUGAAAAUGAAGCUACAGCCAGCAGAUGUGGACAGAUGCUGAAAUAUUUCUUUUAGAGGAGACUCUAAGAAGUGAACGUGUCUGAAUCCUCACAGCCAACAUACAAAAGUACAACUUCUACUGACAUGAAACACAUCAGACGUUUAGUGAGCUUUAGAGGUGUGUUUGGGAGUUCUGUUACUUUUGUCCAGACCCAGUGUUCAAUGCUUGACUGCAGAUUUAUCUUCACUGUAUGGACAUAGAGUGGCGGUAACUGCUGACCUCGAGGAUUUAACGAGCCACUGGUGGAAUGUUGUGGUACGCCCAUUAGUACGUAAUUUAAUUAUCUGAACAUGUUUUUAAGGAGUUAUCAGGGAAAUAAUUUGAGUUCCAGCGCUGUGAGAACCUUAUAAGUAGGCUGGCAUUAUUAACAGCUGAAAACGAGCUGUUAAAAUGAAAUGAUCCCACUGAUGAUGAGAACGGACACUCAGCGUUUUAUGAACAAGUCUGAUCAAAGUGUGCAUUCAGAGCCUUCAGUAAAUGUUUUUACACUAACAGCACAACCCUGACUGAUGUUUCCAUGUCACCUUUUAGAGUCUUUUACUUUCUGAAAUGAUCACAGGCUUUUAAUUUCCAGCCUGAUCCGAUGUGAUUCCUGUCCAGUAGCUGCAGGGAUGAAGGAGAAUCUGACUGACUUCUGAAACCAACAGUCAAACUGGGAUGACUGAGACUUCAGGAAGCAGCUCUGUUGAUCUUCUCAUGAAGCUCCAGUGAUUUUCCCACAGUGGUGAGACACUCCUGUGGAUUCUGCUGUUACAUUUCACACGCACACACCAGGAUUUGCUGAAACAAUCUCUAAAACGGGGCUGUUGGUUUAGAUGAAGAAGCUCAGGACAUCAGCGUAGGGUUUGUUUGUUUGUUUGUUUGUUUGUUUGUUCUGUGUUUUGGUCUGUUUAGGCUUUGGUUUGGCUGAAGGGAAAGACUGAAGUCCUGAGUAAUGUCAGUAAAAAGGUCCAGAAUGCUCCGGUCGGUGUGGAUCCGUGCCUUCAGCUGAACAGAUGGAGUUUAAGUAAAGCCGGUUUCUCACAGACUCACUCCUUCACUCUCUGACUCUGUGCUGCCGGUUAUCAGACGUUUUCUGUGUCACAUCGCCUUCGUGUGCUUUUACUACCACAAAUGCUCUGUUUGCUGCAGUAGGAGAAAGUACAGAUGUUUGUUUUCUGUGUUCAUUUUUCCUCCCUCAUCUUAAUCUCCACAUAGUGAUUUAAUAAGGUUUCAUUGGAAUUGUUUGAACUGUUUUUUUUAAGGAGAGGCCAAUAAAAGUGAACCCCUGA